UCGUGAGGGCCGAUCCCCGUGAUUCACUCGGUCUGCUUGAUAAUCAAGUGGGAGAAUAGCUUUCCUCCGGCCAAUGUGGCCGUCUAUGCGAGUGAAGUCGAUCAAAGCGAGCAUAUUUCUGGGACUCCGAUGCGGCACGGAAUCGAGGUACUUAUAAAAUUUUUCGAUGGAAUGAAUUUGUGAUAUGUGGAUUAUAAAUCGUGAAAAGGGGGGGCUCUUGAUCUCCCCUGAAGAAUCAAGGUAUAAAUGUCUUCGACUAGGUAACACAUCAUGAAGAAUUAGUAGAGACCAAAACACAAGACAUUCUAAACACAAUGGCACCCCAAGUCCAAGACCCCUUUGACUCAAGCCACUCCGUGCUCGUCGGAUCGAACACAUGGGAGUAUCUACGCGCUCGACCCUCCGGGAAGCCUAAGGGAACCGUCCUCCUUCUUCAUGGAUUCCCUGACAUCCCUUAUGGGUGGAGGCAUCAAGUUCCCUUCUUCAUCUCACUUGGAUACCAAGUCAUCGCCCCCUACAUGUUAGGAUACGGAGGAACAUCUUCGCCAAGCGACGUUGACAGCUUUUCGCUCAAGAAGCAGUCGGAUGACCUAGCCGCAUUGAUCGACACGAUUGUGCCAGGCGAGCAGGUCAUCCUUGGAGGACAUGAUUGGGGCGCAGGUCUCGUCUGGCCCUUCGCGACCUACUAUCCCCAACUAUUUAAGGGAAUCUUCUCGGUUACAUUCGCGUAUCUCCCUCCAGAGACCAAGUACGUCGACAUCGCCGACCUAGUCGCCCGCGGCGUGCCUACAACCUAUAAAUACCGGCUCCAAUGGCGGGAACCCGCAUUCGACAGGACACUCCGCACCGCGGACGACAUUCGUCAAUUCUUGCUGGCAUGCUACGGCGCGAAAACUCCUGAUGGAAGGAGCGGGUUUACCCCCGAUGGUAUUAACCUCGAUACUCUGCCCCACUUGCGACAGCCUUCCCUGCUCAGCGAUGAAGAGCUCGAGCACCACAUUAAAGAGUUUCAGAGACGCGGGUUCCGAGGACCAUUGAAUUGGUAUCGCACGGCUAAGAUCAAUUUUGAGGAUGAAUUGCCGAUCGCUCAAGCUGGUGGGAAUAAGUUCAAAAUGCCGGUUCUGUUCAUUCAAGCGCGCAAUGAUCCGGUACUCAUUCCGGAGUUAUCUAAGGGUAUGGACAAGUAUUUUGAUAAGUUGACAAGAGCUGAGGUGAAUACCGGCCAUUGGGCUUUGAUCGAGGGCCCUAGUGCAGUGAACAAGGAGAUCAAAGACUGGCUUGCCACAUUUGAUUAAGAUAGGAGAGAAUGACGGGGACAGCACCAUUAUCAGAAGGCGGCAGAUUCUAUAGACAACAUAGUUUGGGAAAUGGCAAGGAUUUAUAU